AUCAUGUCGAUGAGCCCAAAGCAUACGACUCCUUUCUCAGUGUCUGACAUCUUGAGUCCCUUGGAGGAAAGCUACAAGAAAGUGGGCAUGGAGGGGAGUAACUUGGGAGCUCCCUUGGCAGCCUACAGGCAGUCUCAGGUUUCUCAGCCGGCCAUGCAGCAGCACCCCAUGGGCCACAACGGGGCAGUGACUGCUGCCUACCAUAUGACAGCGGCGGGGGUCCCCCAGCUCUCCCACACCACGAUGGGGGGCUACUGCAACGGCAACCUAGGCAACAUGAGCGAGCUGCCACCCUACCAGGAGACCAUGCGGAACAGCGCUUCGGCCACGGGAUGGUACGGCACCAACCCGGACCCCCGCUUCUCCACCAUCUCCCGCUUCAUGGGGCCGUCUUCUGGAAUGAACAUGGGCGGCAUGGGGAGCCUGAGCGCCCUGGGGGACGUGAGCAAGAGCAUGGCACCUCUCCAGAGCACUCCGCGCAGGAAGCGGAGGGUCCUUUUCUCUCAGGCCCAAGUCUACGAGCUGGAGAGACGCUUCAAGCAGCAGAAAUACCUCUCCGCUCCGGAGAGGGAACAUUUAGCCAGCAUGAUCCACCUCACCCCCACUCAGGUCAAAAUCUGGUUUCAGAACCACCGCUACAAGAUGAAACGCCAGGCCAAAGACAAAGCUGCUCAGCAGCAGAUGCAACAGGACAACAGCUCGUGCCAACAGCAGCAGUCUCCUCGGAGAGUGGCGGUGCCAGUGCUUGUUAAGGAUGGCAAGCCAUGCCAAGCAGGCUCCAACACCCCCACAGCCGCUAUCCAGAGCCAUCAGCAGCAGGCAGCUACAGCAAUCACGGUGGCUACCAAUGGCAACAGCCUCGGACAGCAUCAGAGCCACCAGACAAACAGUGCAGGGCAGUCUCCAGACAUGGGACAGCACUCGGCCAGCCCUUCAUCCCUGCAGAGCCAGGUCUCCAGUUUGUCUCACCUAAACUCUUCUAGCUCUGACUAUGGCACUGCCAUGUCUUGCUCUACUUUGCUAUACGGUAGGACCUGGUGAAAGGAUUAAAAAAAAGAUCAGAUGUUCCCAGUCACACAAAUCUCUGUCCUGUUCAAACUACUGGGUGGUUUUUCUUUUGCUUUCCUUUUCCUUUUUCCUUUUUUCCCCCCAAUCGUGCUCCUUUCUCUUUCUUUUUUCCCCCCUUUUCAUUUUAACGAGUGGUUCUUUGAGGAACCCUACUAGAGAGAGUGACUUUAGGUUGUUAAAUGGGUAUUAAAAAUAUUGGUGGAGCAGUUGCAGAAUGGAGCCCAUGAGUGGCCACGGUCUGAAGGCUUGGAUUGCAAAUGUACACUUUGCCAGCGAAUAGGACUCGUCUGUAAAUAUAGAGAUUCUGGGGGGCGGGGUGGGCCGUCUCCCCCAAAGCAGACAAAGGAGCGGCCCGCGCCGCGCUCCGGUCCCGCCGCCAGGGCCCGCGGAUGCAGACACCGAUUCCUCACGGCGCGGCGAUGAUUUUGAUUUUUUUCUCCUUGCGUUUGAUGUGAACCUGUAGCUGUAUAAUGCUGUCACAAGUUGGACUGAACCCCUAGUUUUUAGUAACCUGUAUAUUUUGUUGUAUAAAAAAAAUACAAUCGAGCAACCAAAACGAAACUCGCCCCCCGCCCCUCCUUUUUUUAUGGACAUUGCCCGAUCCGUGUGAAAGCCUUUGGCAGCUUGUCAUUUGCGCACGUCUCCUUUUUCUGUUGUAACUUAUGUAGAUAUUUGGCUUCGAUAUAGUUCAUCAGAAGCUUCUAAUAAAUUAUACACAUUGCAAAUAUUCUUU